CAAAUUUGUGAUCUCCCUUCCCUCUACCUAACCAAACUCUAAGCCACUCCGUACCAAAACUAUGUUCAUCCCCUCCCCUUCUCAGUGGACUUGGCUUCUCCACAAACCAUUCUCUAAUGUGUGGUCUUCCUCUUUAUAUCCUUCACUCCCCAUUCCAAUCAUCAAAAACUUUCUUAGCCCCAUUUAUAUAUUCUAUUCUAUUCAACGGUCCAAAAAUGGUAUACUAUUACUUCCGAUUCAUAUCUUUGUUCUCUAUUCUUUUGUUUGCUUCUAAAUCUUGACCUCCUUUCACUAUUUAUUUACUCCUCUUCUUUGGUUAUCCUCUUUAUCCACACACUUAACCAACCGUAGAGAUAUCAUACCUGUAAAAUGAAUAGAGGUUGUGAGCUUUGCGGAGGAGAGGCCGCCGUUUGCUGCCCGUCGGAUUCGGCGUUUUUGUGCUGGAGCUGCGACGUUGAGGUCCACGGCGCGAAUUCCCUCGUCGCCCGCCACAUUCGGUUCGCGGUUUGCUGCAAUUGUAGAUCCGUCACCGAGAAUCGCGUCUCCGGCGGGGAUCGGGUUUCGGGGUUCUGUAAUUCCUGCUCGGCGUCGCCGCACGGAGAUGACGGACUCGACGACGCGCUUUCCUCGUCGUCCGCGACCAACGAGGGCUCUAGUUGCCGGAACGACGGGAGCUCCGUCGAGGGUUUCGCCCCGCCGGAGAGGAGAAAUCGGGGGAAACCGUUGAGGAAAGUGAGGUCGGAGGCGGAGGGCGUUUUGGUGAAAUGGUGCGCGAGGCUUGGAAUUGGCGGGGAGGAGAAGCAGGAGGUGGAGCGGAAAGCGCGCGGGGCGUUCCAGAUUUGCUUGGCCGCGGGUCGCAUGACGGCGCUUCCGGCCCGGGUCUCGCUUGCGGCGUCUCUGUGGUUCGGGUGGAGAAGAUCGGCUAGAAAAUUGGGGCAGUCGGGGCAGGGAUUGAAGACGCUUGAGCAGAUCACCGGCGUGCCGUCGAAGCUUAUUAUGAGCGCCGAGUCGAAGCUGCAGCUGGUGGUGAAAUCCGAAAUGCGGCGGCGGCAGUGGCUCGCUGAAGGCUCGGAUGAGUGCUCCGUUUGAUUUCCUGCACACAUUGUGUUAUUCUAACGUGUAAUUUGAGACAUGUAGUAGCUGAUUGUGUGUCUCCACUCUCCAUCCUACACUCUUCUCUUCCAUAGCAUGUUGCUCCUCAACCCUACAUUGAUUCUUUGCUAUACAAAAAAAACAUUUUCACAUUUUUAUACAGUAUUUUAAUCAUAUUAUUAUUUUUA